AUGGUACCCCCAAAGAGCGGAAAUAGACCUCUGCGCCGAUGGAUCUAUCUCGCUUCUCCUUUUCUUAGCUUUCUUGUGGCAGGCUAUCUGUUCCUGUCAAAUUAUCCUUUAUACUAUAAAGAUAAUGGGGCCCUUAAUAUUCCAUCUUCACCAUCAGAAGAGAUACCUCGGAUAAUAGCUGGUCUAGAAGAUGUCCACGUUGUGUUAAAAACCGGUGCAACCGAAGCACUAGCAAAAGUUCCCGUUCACUUUAACACUACCUUGCGAUACGUCCCUCGCUUCACUUUAUUCUCUGACUAUGAGGAGGAUCUCGCUGGGUGUCAUAUUUAUGAUGUUCUGCGAAACGUCGAUGCGGCGAUCAAAGAUAAGCAUCCGGAAUUUGAACUCUAUAGGCGCCUCAGGGCUGCGGGUAGAGAAACUCUAUCGAACACUGACCCAUCGAACGACGUGAGCACACCUGCUGGGAAACCAAACAACCCUGGCUGGAUCUUGGACAAAUGGAAGUUCCUCCCGAUGAUGCACGAAACUCUCCGCAUUCGAGAUGACGCCAAAUGGUAUAUCUUCAUGGAGGCAGAUACGUAUAUAGUCUGGAAGAAUUUAGUAAUCUGGCUCGAGAACUUCGACUCGAGUAAGCCAUACUAUCUUGGUAACCAGAUGCAAAUUGGAGAUACUAUAUUUGCCCACGGAGGAUCUGGCUUUGUACUGUCCCAAGCGGCUCUGAAACGUGUUGUCGAGUACCAUUCUUCUCUGGUAAAGGAAUGGGAUACACUCACAGGUGAGCACUGGGCGGGUGAUGAGAUUCUUGGGAAGGCUUUAAAUGACGCAGGCGUUGGCCUUCUUUGGUCCUGGCCGAUGCUCCAAGGUUCGACGCCUUGGAAUUUUGAUCCCUUUUCGUCCAGUUAUAAUAAACUGCCCUGGUGCUAUCCUCCAAUAACCUAUCACCACAUGGGCUCGGAGGAUAUUAGAGAGCUAUGGGAAUUUGAGGAGAGAUGGUUUGAAGAGAAGCUUACCCAACCUCGUUUCAAUGCAACGGGAGAAGAUAGGGAUAAUGAUUCCCGAGAUAUCGCAGCUGGAGUUGAAACGGCAGCAGAAUGCGAAAGACAUUGCACCAAAGACCUAGAGUGUCUCCAGUAUUCCUUUGGUGACAAAUUAACGUUCAAGAUAUCAUAUCUUUAUGUUCAUCUCCUUCGUUUGUGUUUUGAACUUAAGAAAAACAACAUCAUCAACUAA